AUGGCCACUUCUGUUCUCCUUUUGUACCACUGCUCUGUGUUUAUCUGGUACUUUUUUCUUGCAUAUUGUCUUUUAACAGUUAGUUCAACAGAACAACCGGCUGGAGUUUUCUUGUAUGGUGGGCCGUGGAAAUACUUAACAGUGCUUAAUGUGGUUUUGCAGACUUUAUUCCAUGCUGUCACUUUUCUGACGGAUCUGCUUCUUCCAAUAAGAGGGAUUAAGUUAGUAAAGUGUAUUAUCUAUUGCAGAGACCUUCUCUUCUCGGUUUUGGCUUUUCCAGCAGCAACUUUUGUCUUUCUGUCCUUUUGGGCUUUGUAUUCCUAUGACAGACAGCUGGUUUACCCUGAGGGCCUGGAUAAAGUCAUUCCUCAAUGGCUUAAUCAUGCUGUGCACACGGCUGUGUUUCCUAUCGCAGUCUUAGAAAUUCUAACAUCUCCACAUCGCUAUCCUCCGAAGAGAAAGGGACUUGCCCUCUUGGGAAUUUGUUCAAUAUCAUAUAUAAGCUGGGUAAUAUGGAUUUACUUUGCUGAUGGGAACUGGGUUUAUCCUUUUCUUGGAAUACUUUCUCCUUUUGAAUUUUUUAUAUUUUUAUUGAGCAGUCAAAUAUUAGCAGCCUCUGUCUAUAUUGUUGGAGAAACACUUAACUAUGUAGUAUGGGGUGAAGUACAGAAUAUGAAAAUUAAAAUGUAACCCUCCACAAGUCAAGCCCUCCAGGG